AUGCAAAGGAGAAAAAGACUUCACACAGUUUUACAAACUUAUUAUGUUUCUAACUGGAUUUGCCAAAAACCGAAGGUUUUUUUCCCUCCUGCCUUCAGUUAUAACGGGAAGUUUCUCAUCAGCAAGAAAAGGUACUCCUUUUUUUCAAAGCUGGUAGAAUGUUCCUCCGUGUAUGGCAGUGACAAGGGUGUUGAUGUCACCAGGGGGGAUACCCAGAGGGGCGAAGCAGAAAAAGUUAUAACCCCAAAUGUGGAGGGGCCUGUAGAUGGCGCUAAUGCACACAGGCACGACCCUCCUCGGAAGCUGUGUGAAAAUACCCAAUGUCGUCACACUUAUGAGGUGAAUGUGAGUCAAGGAGUGGCUAAUGCUCUUGCUGGGGGGAUAUGUAACCCUCUAGGGGCGGAGAUACACAUAGACCUAAAUGUACACUCAGGAGUUAUUGAUAAGGUGGGAGAAUUGGCUGCGAACACAGCUCCCUUGGAACCAAUCGAGAAGAGCGCUAACGAUAGUGUAAUUGGAGAAAAAAAAAUCAAAAGAAAGAAAAAAAAUGCACCAAGGGCAAAGGGCCAAAAGGUAAAACCGAAAGGUGAUGACACCCUCAAGGGAGAACCCCCGAAUUGCAUCCCCCCAGUGGAGGAAGAAAAACCAAAAAAAAAAAAUCAAAAUGGGAAGAAAAGUGUAGAGAAAAAUGGGAAGAAAAGUGUAGAGAAAAAUGGGAAGAAAAGUGUAGAGAAAAAUGUGAAGGAAAAUGCAGAGCAACAUGGGAAGAAAAAUGUAAAGCGAAGAAAAAAAAAAAAAGAAAACUGUCAAAAUGACGAAACAGAGGUCAACACCCAAAUCGAAAAGGAACGAAGAAUCCAGAAGGACACUGAAAACGCCUCCGAGCAAACAACCCAAGAAAACGAAGGCGAAAAAUGCGUGAGCAAAAAGUUUAAUAAAGAAGAUUAUUAUAGACAAUUUGAAUUAAUAUGUAAAAGCAAUAAUAUCAUCAUGGAGAAAAUAAAUCAAGUGAAGGACAUAUCCACCUUUGUACAAAAAUACAUAUCAUUAUUACAUUUUGGAAACAUCUACGCAUACAAUAAUUUACUUUACGAAAUUUACGACAAAUUUUUAGAUGCAGACAUUAAGAAGGUGAAAAAACUAAUAAAGAAUUAUAAUAAGUUGGUAAAGAAGAAUAUUCAAAGAAAAAUAAAAUACUUUGAAGCAUUUCACAAUUUGUGUCCACAGGAGUACAGCCAUGUGCUCACUUGUUUGUUUAUUCAAUCGAUUGAUAUAUUAAAGGAUGAAGAUAUUAGCCAUACGUUUAAUUACGACCAGGUCAUAUAUACCAGUAGGGAUACUGAAGGGGGGGAAACAGAGCUUCAUGAGCAGCAAGAGGAGCAGGAGGACAAAGCAGAACAGGCCUUUUCAAAUUUGAAUAGAAAUGUUGACAGGGGAGAGGCGGGGGAUGGUACGGAAAUUUGCGUAGAGAAUGGCCACAAUAAUGGCGAAGCGGUGGGUAACGAGGGUGGCGACGGUGGCCAAAGGGAAACGGGGGGGAGGGAGCCCCCACGCGCGCUUUACCAGCAGAGACAGUUCAACCUAAGUAACAAAAUUGUGUACGAAAUGGAUGUGCACUUUGACGAAGGAGAAGCGGACCGCCCCUGCGACGUGGACCAAACGAGCACCGCUCACACCAUUAACGAAAACAAUUUCAUCAUUGUGUAUAACCUUCCCAUCAUCAACUACAACUUGCUAAGAGCGGAGUUGAAGGAAGCCUUCUCCUUCUGCGGCGAAAUAAAGAGCAUGGAAUUUUUCAGUGACCGUCUUAAAACGGUGGACAUAAACGCACUAAAUGAUCAAGCAGAUUUAGAGAGUUCGCAAAAUGUACGAUCUGCUAAGAAUAAAAAGACUGGAAGCAAGAGUAGUGGAAACACAAAAGGGGGGGGAAAGAGCAACCAAGCUAGAUGCAGUAGUGGGAACAAAAUUCAAAAUUCAUUUAAUUUGAAUAACUACACACAGCUGUACGCCAUUAUCGAAUUUUUUGAGGAAGAAUCCGCAACCCUAGCCACUAGCGAGUUUUUGAGAAUUUUUGGCAUUUUUUGUUUCAACAAAUUAGUGUAUGUAGAUAAAUGUGUAAAUAAAAACAUCAUGAUCAUAACGCACCUUCCCUUUCACUUGAACGUGUACAAUAUAUUUUACAUGCUAUCAAAUGCGUCUUUAGUCAAAUUAGAUGUUUUAAAUGGAGAGGUGGAAGGGAAAGCUCCUCCCAAAUUAAGCAUCUCCAAGGGUGGCAACUGCGGUGAAGAGGAUCAGGUACUCGGUCAAAGUAACCACACAGGAGUAUCUUCAGAUGGUAACAAAGCAAUUUCUGCGAACAACAGAAAAAAGAGAAGGUGCGAAAUUUGCCUCCGAAAAAGCAACAUCCGUAUUGAAAGCUGCGAUUCAAUUUUUGAUGAAGCACAUGGAAUGAACAGCCAAGAUGUGUACGAUUAUAUAUGCGACAUUUCUAAAAAGAACUUUUUACAGUUUAAGAAAAAAAAAAACAUAAAAUUGGAAGCAUGGACAAAUGAUGAUGAUAGUGGCACGGAGGGAAAGAACAACAACUUUGAGUCAUUUGCCGAUUUUUAUCAAAAUCAAAAUAAAAAAAUGAAGACAAGAAAAGUGAAUGUGCAUAAUAAUGGAAGAAUUUUAAUUCUCCACUUUGACAGCUUUAAAUACCUGUAUGAUUGCUUGAAAAAAUUUAAGCAUAUUUUUGGAAAAAAAAACCAUAUGAUUUUUUCGGUCAAUUUGAGGAGGUGUAUUCAUCGGAAUGGCGCACUCAGGGAUUGUGUGCAGGUUAAGGAUGGCAGGGUUGGGAGGGGCCUUAAGAUGGAGGCCUAG